CCUGUGUUGCUCGUGAACGCCACGAUUUGAGCCCUUCAAGUAACCCAGUGAGCCCCCGUUUGUCCAGAUCACAGUCGCGUUUUCACUUGUAUGCCCAUUUCGAAUCAGCGGUGUUGCGUAGAUUACACUUCCAGCAGUUUCUGUGAACGCUCUGGUGCUGAGGUUGAACGCAAAGUCUUGAAAAGUUUUGGGGAAAAAUCUUCAUACAUUACAAAGAGAUGGCUACCGCUGGAGAACGUGCUGCUAUUGGUGCGGAGACUGCUCGCAUGGAGGGCCGUGGUGCCGCAGGCCAAGGUAUAGAAGCUGCUAAGGCUGCCGCUACUGGUUUGGGACGCACCGGGCGUAGACGCGAGAGGCUCCCCGGACACCGCAGAAGUAGAAGCAGGAGCAGCUCCUUGAGCAGCUCCGAUGAGGAAGGGAGGCGUCGUCAUCAUGGGCUUCAUGGCACGGAGGGUGUGAGGACCGUUGUAAGCAAUGAGGGCGAAGCUUACUGUCCGAAUCCGAAUCUGAGGAAUCUGCCGAAGGAAUACGAGACCCGAGUGCAAGUAAUCCAAAGGUACCCUGAAAUGCGAACUGUGGAGAAGACAGACUACGUGAAGGAAAUCGUCAACGAAGAGCGCACUAUAAUUGUGCCCAAGACUAGAGUGGUUUUGGAUGAGGUCCAGCACGUCGACCGCGUGCCCAUCAUCAGGGAUGUGCCGAAGACUAGAAUGGAGACUGUGUACAGAGUUGUCCCCGAAGAGCGCGAGGUUACUGAUAUGGUGCCCGUCAUUGAGUACGUGGACACUCCCAGAAUUGAGAGGGUUCCCAGAGUCAUCAUUGAGGAUGUGGAGGAAAGAAUCCGCGUACCCGUCAUUAGGGAGGUGCCAAUCACUCGCACGGUCGAGGUGCCUACCGGAAACUACUGUGAGGCACCUGCUGGCGAGUUCGUCAACCCGUCGCACUUUAACCUUCUGGGCCACAAGCACGGCCGCAAGCACAAAGGAGGCUUGUUGAACAGGACCACAAGCUCUUCAUCUUCAUCUUCCGACUCCGAUCGCGAGCAUGGUGGUGCAUUGCACACUACGGGCACCCACGGUCAUCACCACCACAAUCCUCUCGACACUACAACCGGAACUGGAGUAGCCCACCACAAUCCCCUUGAUACUACAACCGGAACUGGAGUAGGCCAGCUCCACCACAAUCCCCUCGACGCUACCACUGGAUCUGGGGUAUCUCACCACCCCACCCCAUUGAACACCACCACCGGCACCCAUCGCAGCUCUUUCGAUGGUUCCAACCCUGUAACUCCCAGGAAGAGGCAAGGAUUGUUGGGCAAGAUCCUCAACCACUAAGCUGUAUAUUCAACACCGGAUCUAGUCUGCACCUAGUUCUUCAAUCGUGUUGACGAUUUUCGUAACCUUACGCACAUCGACGCGAGGGCGGAGCUGACGACGCAUCCUUCGGGAUGCAUGGGCUUUUGGGGUUGUUGAGUUUCUUACAGUCAUGCUUUAGAAGCUGCUGCAUCAGAGAGUAUAUUACCUCACGUUCACGUUGCCGGACGCUUUGCGUGUGUUUUGUAAACGUGUACAUUGGUCGACGGAUUGUAGUCGUCGACAUUCUUGAGAACAAUUUCAGAGUGGUGUAAAAUUUUGUUGUUUUGGUCGUAAGCAAAGGGAUCAUAGGAGAAGGUUGAUGUUCAGAAUUGUUGGUAGUAAAGCUUUGUGAUUGAUCCCCCUUUCUUAUCAACAUUGAAUAAAUUGUUCUUUUUACGAUUGAGCCUGCGAUGAAUGGCAAUAUCACUUUUCAAUAAAAUGCAUAUUCUGAUGUUCAA